AUGGCCACCGAAAAUGGAACGCAACGAAUGAAGCCGCCACUGAUACUAGCUUUACUUGGCGCGGUAACCGGUCGUCUGACUGAGGUGAAACACGCGCUUCGUUCUUCCCCAUGCGGUUCACGAUCAACGACGCCCACAUUCUCCGGCAAUUUGAAGUGUGUCGCACGGCAAUUGUCGCGUUGCCUCCUAGCCGGACAGACUGGCGCUGCAGUCUGGCUCACGUUG